CAGCGCGCGCAAGCGUCGGAAGAGAAGAAGUUGCCAAGUGGCCAUGGCUGCCACGAAGGCCGCCUCCGGCUACGGAUACCAGACGAGCCGUCAACCACACACGACCAACGUUGUCGAUCCACGAUCGGCAAUCACAGCGUCCCCCACUGAAGGGUGCAAGAGCGGCCUCUUCUCGGGUGCCACUUGUGGCUCUUCCAUGCGAACUGGCGGCGGGUCUCCGCAAGAGCACAGCUUCUGGAGUGCCUACUCCUCCAUCGUCCUUCACCUGAACUCCACGUGUUUCGUGAGCGCCGCGGACGUGGCUUGUGCCUUGGCCACUAUCCUGGUGGUAGGGGUGCUCAUCGUCGCACUGGUGGUUCUCACAGACAGAGGCAGUCAUGAUCCACGCAAGCAAAAAAUAGAAGUCGUCAUCCGCGGCCCCUUUGGCGUCCUGCGCGGGAUCGUGCAGCCAGUGACCGGCCGAAAUUUCUCGUACUCUUUCUUCGGCGUCCCUUUCGCCCAGCCGCUCAGUGAAACCAAGCGUUUUAGGCCAUCCCAACUACAGGCCGGCCGGAAGGUCCUGCCGAGCAGUACCUCAGAUACAAACAUACCGAUAUUCGGCAGGCACGUGUUUAAUGCGUCCUAUCCACGACCUGCCUGCAUCCAGUCGCUGCCACCCGGUGUCGAGCGUGCCGUUGCCGAGGACUGCCUUCACCUGAACAUCUGGACGCCGUACCCUAACUGCACUGAGCGUAACCUGCCCGUGUGUGCCCACCGCACGGUGCUUUUUUUCGUGCAUGGUGACAACUUUCAAGAAGGCGGAAACAAUGACCGCCUUCUGGACGGUCGAUACCUGGCUGUUAUGGGAGACGUUGUUGUGGUGGCGCCAAACUACCGACUCGGUGUCCUCGGUUUCCUAACGGAUGGCACCGAGAACGCUCCGGGAAACGCGGGCCUCUACGACCAGCUCACCGCACUGCAGUGGGUUCGCGAGUACAUUGGCUACUUCGGCGGCAACGGCUCAGACGUGGUGGCCGUAGGCCAUGGUGCCGGCGCUGCGUCCAUCGGCCUGCUCUUGUUCAGCCGCAACACAUCGGCCAAGCCACCUGGGGCGCCCAUCUUCGACCGCAUCAUACUCAUGAGCAACGGUCCAUUUGGCCGGUACCCCGACAGCACCACUUAUUGCCGGGAACUGCUGCUACAAGAGGCGUCGCGACAUGUCACAUGCGGUAACGCGAGCUCCCCGCUGACGUGCCUUCAGAACGUAGCGAAUGCAUUGGACUUUGGCCGGCCCAACCGCCCCCAGUUCUUCCCGACUUUCGGCCAGCUGCUGCCUGACUUGCCGAUCAAGAUGGCUAGUACAGUGAAGCUUAUUGGACUCAAGGUGCUCAUCGGACACGUUGACAACGAGCGUCUCCGCUUGAAGGACAUCAUCCAGCGCCAGUACUUGCUGACGAGCGAAACGAAGGGCACGCCGUACUUGGCCGAAGUGCUGGAAAACAUCGGCAUAAACGCAACCAGUGUCACCAGCAUGCUAGAUUUCUACCGCCAGCGAUACCGGACGUACGGAAACAUUGGUCGAUGGCGGCCCUACAGCCUCGACAUCCUGGUUGACAUGCUCAUGGUCUGCCCGCAGCGUUACUUUGUCGACUAUCUCCUGUCGGCACGGGGCGUUGGGAGUGGCAAUCGUGCCUACCGGUACGUGAUUAGCGGCGCCGACAACGUAGCUCGCGUCGGCAGCCUGGUGCCCUUAGAGAUGCUCUUCGGGAAGCACUUCACGCGUCCCACCAACGAUUCACUGAAGCGCCUGAGCAAACGGUUGAUACAGCUGUGGACUGACUUCGCCAAGAACAGGCAAUUACCAGAAAUUGACAAGGAGAUCUACGACAACUAUGCCCUCACGCUCUCUGACGUCACCUACCGCAACUCAACGAUUGAAGCUACUGGGAGACUGGACCUGCGAAAGACCUACUGCGACUUCCUCAAGCCGCACUAUAUGUAUAUCAGGACAGACUCGCCCGAUGCACCAAUGGACAACUAUGUUCUCUGACAGUUUUCUAAUACUGCUUUGAGCACGAGUACAAUUUCAUCUAUCCUACCAAUACUCUCCACCAGUAAGAGAUAUUGCUCUAUCUUAAUUGUCUCGUAAGAGUUCGUAGGUGAUGUUGCAAACAUGUACGAACUGCUACUGACAACGUUGCCUACGACGAAACAUCAAUGGUACACAUUGCUUUCUAAUAUAUGUGACAGAAUAUUAGCUUCUUCUACUGCGCAGAACAAACGCUGCAAAAGAAGUACGGUACUUCGCUGUGUUUUACAAACGCGGUGUGUUACCGAUUCCGUACAUGUUGACGCUAUAGUGCACUGUUUCUGACGCGCAUGCUGUAGUGUCGACUGAUGAAGUUUCAUAUGUAGUGUUUGAAUCAACACUUCGUAUUUUGUUUAAUUAAUCUGAUGUUGCUUGAAAUAUGGCUAAACAUGAUAUUUUUUUCUAGUUCUAAUGCCUACUUAUGACAUUUUGAUGGUACAAACGUGUGGAAGCACUCAUUGAUAAAAUUUGACAUGUUAUGUUGAGAAUAUGCUCGUCAAGAUAUAAAAUUUUUUUCCUUAGCCCUUUAAAGCGAUCAUUGAGUUCUUCGCGAUAAAAAUACUUUUUGUGGUGCAACGAACGUUAUAGCAAGCUCAUAUUUGCAAUUUCUUUGGUCCGUUUCCUUAGCCAAACUUGCUUAAUCUGUUCGAAUAAGUGUUACAUUUAAUUGCUCUGAGCUCUGACGAACUGUGAUUCUGCCUGCCCUUGAGGGCGGUACUAUGAAUCGUGGACGGAGCUGAAGAACGGUUUAGUGAGAUAGCUGUACUGCUGCUUGCAACUGCCCUGCUCAUUCAAAUGUUGGACAUAAAAUUAGGCAGAAUCCAUCUAACGGUGACUAUCGACGGUAAAUUGUUUAGCACGUAACCAAUGUAACGAUAUUGCCAACCAUCUGAACGAGUUACGUAUGAGGCAUGUACUGCAGCGGGACUUCCGCGCGCUGCCAAUAGAAUUCUCGGCGCCAACCAGCAGUGCCACCACGCACCUUUCGUAUGGCCUCCGAAAUGCGUGUCAGGCCAGUGCCUUCGAACGCUCACAAGCACAUGAUGCGGAAAGCGGGCUCCUGUCUCGCGCUUCUUUUCGAACAGGGUGCAUAAUACUAUAGUGGCGAUGCACAGGAGUGCGCGUGUGGUUUCCAUGAUGAGAGGCAUGGUGCGCUAAUGCGUGCGAACGCUGCAAAUUGUUCCAUUGUUUACUGCACACCCAGUGUCACAUAUUCGGUGACUCAAGCAGGCAAGAGGCUCAUAGUGAACCAAAUUGGCUGCUGGUCGAACGCUGGCAGGGAAGGUUCUCUCAUGUGUGUGUAUGUGUGUGUUCACAUUAAUAAAAUUUUCGAGCAAA